GGCUUAACUCAUGAUAUGGCUGUGGAAAAUGGAGGCAUGUUAUUUUACACAGAACAUCGAUAUUAUGGACAGAGCUGGCCACAUGAAAAUAACAGCCUUUCUGUAAAGGAUCUUACACAUUUGAGCUUAGAGCAGGCUUUGGCUGAUCUGGCGCACUUUAUUCGUGAUCAAAAGUCGCGAAACCCGAAACUUACACACUCUAAAGUCGUAUUAAUUGGAGGUUCCUACUCCGGCAGCAUGGUAGCCUGGAUGACGCAGCUUUAUCCCGAACUCUUCUCAGCCAGUUGGGCUUCCAGUGCUCCCUUGAUGGCCAAAUCGGAUUUCUAUGAAUACAUGCAAUUGGUUAACAAUUCAAUUCAGCUGAGUUAUGGUCGCAAUUGUACAGAGCGUUUAGAGAAAGGUCUUAGCCAUCUGGUUGAAUUGUUCAAUUCGAACAAAACGACAGAGCUACUUAAAAAACUAAAUGCCUGUGAGAACUAUAAUGCAAAUGAUGAACUGGACCGCAUUUCCUUCUUUAAUGGAAUCGGCAAUUACUUGGCAUUGAUUGUCCAGAGUUACAGGGCGUACAUACCGAGUCUUUGCCAUAAACUUAUGACGAUGCAGUCAAGCGAGGAGAAAGCCUUGCAACGCUUACUGGAGCAGCUCUAUGCGGCCGACAAACUUUGCCAGGAUUUUAGCUACCAGUCCAUGCUUCAACUUUUCGGCGAGCAUACAGAUCAAAGUACUGGCACACGCGCUUGGUUCUAUCAGACGUGCAAUCAAUUUGGCUGGUAUACCACAACAAUCUGGGCCAAUAAUUCCUCGUUUGGUGGUCAGGUGCCUUUGUGGUAUUUCCAACGCCUUUGCCGCGAUGCAUUUGGACCUGGCCAAAAGCCGAACAAGCUGGAGGCUGGCAUUGCACAGCUGAAUGAACAAUUUGGUGGACUUGACUUCAAUCAGAAAGAACGUUAUCGUCAGGUUAUCUUCACACAUGGCCAGCUGGAUCCCUGGCGUGCCAUGGGACAACAGGUUGGCAAUCAGGCCAUAGUUUUGCCAGGAUAUUCGCAUGUGGAGGACUUGGCCAGCAUCAAUGUGAGGGACACUGUGCCCAUGAACCUGGCCAAGUUGCGGGUCAUGUCCUUCCUUCGGCGUCACAUGGCAGCCAUAUAA